AUGCAAGUCGACGCGGAUUUUCGACCAAUUUUGGGUCCACAAUUGGUGCGACUUGAUCCGAUGCGCAUCAAGCAGUUGCAGUGAGUUUGCAGCGUGCGCGGAAGCGGAAUUUUUGAUUGAAAGAAGCCUUAGAGGUCUGAAAAGCCUAAAAUAGGCCUGAAAAACCUAGAACAGCCUUAGCAAGGCUUACUAAAAGCUAACGAGGGAAGUGUGUGACCAGUCCCCAGAGAUUUUCAAUGAGACCUAUGUUUUUUAGGUCAGUUUUUCACGCUGAUAAAGCUCCUGUUUUCAGUUUUUGCUGAACGACUCUAUGAAGAGCCCAAAAAUGAGCCAAAAGUUGAGAAUUUCUUGAAAAUCGCGUUUUUGGGAGCCCAUAACUCAUGUUAGAAAUUAUUUUUAUGGAAAACUGAAUGCAUCACGUUGUUCGGGAGGGUCGAUUUACCAAAGUCACAAAUUUUUGAUUAGUAAGUCCAUACUUUUUCAGAAAACAAUUUUGUGGCUCAGAAAAUAGGCUCAGGUCAUGGAUUGCACAUUUGAAAAUUUUUGGAAAAUUUUGUCAAAACUUGUGACUUUGGUAAAUCGACCCUCCUGAACAACGUGAUGCAUUCAGUUUUCAUAAAAAUAAUUUUUAACAUGAGUUAUGGGCUCCUAAAAACCCGAUUUUCAGGAAAUUCUCAACUUUUGGCUCAUUUUUGGGCUCUUCAGAGAGUCGUUCAGCAAAAACUGAAAACAGGAGCUUUAUCAGCGUGAAAAACUGACCUAAAAAACAGAGGUCUCAUUGAAAAUCUCCGGGGACUCAUAACACACUUCCCUCGUAAGAAGCCUUAAAAACCCUAAAUACGUCCGAAAAAGAGCCUAAGAGAGCUGAGAAAAGCCUGAAUAAGCCUAGAACUCGCCUGAUAAGCCUAGAGCAGGCCUAAAAAUCAAAGGAAAGCCUGUAAAGGCCUAACAAAGCCUAGAAACCUCAAGAUGAGGCUUAAAAUAGAAAAUUCCCAUACCUGGCAAAUCGGAAAAAAGCUCAAAUUUUAAUAUUUUUUGUACGGCCUGAAAAAGGCCUUACCAAGCCUAAAAAGCCUAAUUAAGCCUAGAAAAUUCAAAUUUUUCGAGUUCGGACUCAAAAAAUCACGAAUUCCCAUACCUAUGACGUGGAAAACUCAACAAAAGCUCUAAUUUUCAAAUUUUUCUUGUACGGCCCAAAAAAGGCCUUACCAAGCCUAGAAAAUCUCAUGUUCGCACUCAAAAAAUCGGGAAAAAUCCAACCAUUUCCUCUAAAUUUUGAAAAAUUCCCAAAACCUAUGACGUGGCAAGCCAAUUUCAGAGACCCUCUCGUCUAUUCGUCAAUCGAUUCUCUCGCCAAACUCUCGGCUCAUUGUCUCAAUCUUCGUGCGCCUUUAACCACUUGCGAGAAAUUGAUCAACAGCGACAACACACUGUAUUUGGCGUGGAAAUUUGACGAGGAGCAGAAUGUGAGCCGACUUUUGGGAUUCGCCAAAGUCGGACGCAAACAGUUGUUUUUGUAUGAUUCGCAGAUGCAGACGUAUGAGGGAGAGGUGGGUCUAUCGCAAGCUUUCCGCAAAGCGCCGGAAGGUUCCGCGUACGCGGAAGAUUGCGUAAAAACUUCGUAUCUAACAGAUCCUAUGUCUUCUCGACUUCUACGUCCACUUCUCAGCUCAGCGUCAAGGCGUUGGCAAGCAACUUAUCGAUUAUUUGUUGGCGCAAGAGCACGCGGAGCCCUAUCAGGUAGGUCUCGACGCGAUUUUAGGCCUAAUACAGUAAUCCUCUUGCAGCUCGCUUUGGACAAUCCAUCGGUAACACUUUUGGGCUUCAUGUCGCAAAAAUUCGGAAUGUCCAAGCCGGUUUGGCAAAAUACCAAUUUCGUCGUGUUCGAUGAAUUGUUCCAAUCGUUCGCCGCGGAAAAUGGAGGUAUUUAGGAGCGGUCGCUCGCGGAACCACAAUUUCUUUUCAGAAAAAGCGCCCGACGGUUGGAAUCGUCCACAAACUCCGCGUCGAAUCGGCGCAGUGUCGACCGAUACUCGCUGGCUUCGCAACGCUGUCAGCGGACAUCAAUCAAAAGGCAACGCGAUGGCGGCGCCAGUUGAUGCGGAUAUGACUCCGCAAGGUGCGUUGAGCAAUCGUGCACAUCAGGCAAAAGCCCGUAAGGCCCAUAUUUUAUCUAGCAAGCCAUUAUGGUAA